ACUGAUAUAGGUUGAAACAUAGUUCUCUCACUGUGUUGUCUAUGACUAACGCCAGAAAUGAAUAGACGUAGUACCUUGUUGAACUGCAUAUAAACCUCUACACGUACAUGUUCACAUAGACACAAACACUCAUCUGCUGUUUGUCUUGUACAGCGGGCCAGUGGGAGGUAGCAUACAGCGGCCCUGCUACAGGGUGUGUGUGUGAACGACUGACACCCGGCACCGUUUACCGCCUGCGAGUGUGUAGCAUCAGCACCGGUGGACACAGCCAGGUAAAACACACCCGCACACACACACACCGCAUGUCACAUGGAUCAAUAAUCAAUUUAAUUACACAAUUCAUCAAUUUACCUUCCCAUGAUCCUCUGUGUUCUGCCAGUGUUCCUUCAGUGUUCCGGUUCGGACGUUGAGCGUCGCCCCCGGACCCUGCCAACCGCCCAGGAUCGUGGGUAAAGCCAAACACAAGGAAGUGCAGUUAGAAUGGGGUAAAUACACACACACACACAAACACACAGUGGCUUUUACUGUCUGGAAGGUCAAAUCAACCUUUGACUGUUCCCUGCCCUUCACUGUGCCAAACCUAAUACACCCUGAUUACAACCUUGUUACAACACACACACACUGUGUGCACCAACUCUAGGAAACCUAAUUCACUUUAAUUCAGCUUUAUUGCGACUCUAAUGCAGCCUAUCUAAACCUUAAUGUAGCCUAAUGUAGUCUAAUUCAGCUGCAUUCUAUGUGAUUAAAGUAGUUAGAAUCUGUCAGGCCUCAAUGUAAUAGGGCAAAUGUUCCUUCAUUAAAAUGUGUGUGUGUUUACGUCCGUGCGCGGGUGCGUACGUGCGCGUGCGGGAGACUAACACUCGCUAUUAAAAAACAAGCUAAAGGACAAUUGAGUAGACCGUGUUCUCUUUCUCGUUUUCAAUCUCACUCCCUCUUUCCCCCCUUUAUUAGCUUUCUGUCUUUACGUCACACCAUAAAGCUGGUUUAAACACAUAGAGAACACUAAUGAGGGGAUAAAAAAACAGUUAGUUCAGACUCUCCUUCUGUUAUGCUAUGUUUGACUAGGUGCUGCAGCAUGUUAUACUAGAUUAAAAUGUUUGUCCUCUCUCUCUCUCUACCCCUCUCUCACUCUCUUUCUCUCGCUAUCGCGCUCUCUCCUCUGCGCGCGCGCGCGCGACCCCACGCGAGCUCUCGGCGGGGGCGCGCGCGCGGGGCGCGGCGCGCACGAACCCGCAGAUAUAGAGGCGCCCCCGCCGCUAGCGACGCGACGACGCGCGCGGGCGCCGAAGCGGCCGCGGCGACGCGGACGCGCGGAUUCCGCUCGAACCGCUCUCUACCAUCUCGGCACCUAGCGCGACCUCUCUCUAGCUCUACCUCUCUACUCUCUAUCACUCCUAUCCUCCCCUUCUUCCCUUUUACUUUCUCCACUCUUUCUCCUUUCCCUCUAACCUCCCCUUCCUCUCCAAGCCCCAACGUCAGAGGGUGUGUGUGAGGAGUGUGUGUUCAGUCUGGAGAUGACAUCAUCAGAGGGUGACGCUGAGCCCAGUGAGGUGUACAAUGGGAAAGAGCUGCAGUGCAGUGUGGGUAGUCUGCUGCCGGGGGCAACCUACAACUUCAGACUGAGGGCUGCCAACGAGGCUGGGGUGAGACACACACACCCUAAUGAACGCUGACCAGAAGCAGGCAGACAAACACUCUCUAAUCUAAUUGAUGUGAUCAGUCCAUCCCUGAGUGCUAUUCAGACUUAGUUCAAGAGGUACUCAAACACACUUACACACUUACGCACACACACACACACACACACACACUCACACACUGUCUGAACAAAGUAGCAAACUGAGAAGUGCUCAUCAAAAACGACGACAUACAGAGGAACAAACAGAAACUCGACUGGAGACCGAUUCUCCCAGCAGCUAGUAUUUAGUCCAAUCAGACAGUCCUCUUCAGUUCACUGCUCUGAUCAACCAUCUGCUGCAUCCACUAUCUGUUCUACAGCCAUGUCAAGGCACUCUGCCCCAUUUAGCAAUCAUAUAAAUUAUUUGAAUGCAGGAAUAGUCAUGCUCGAAAAGUCAUGUUUGAUUGAUUAAAGUUUCAUAUCCGCCCAAUCUGAGCUGUGCCUAAAUCUAAUUUAACGGUUGAUCAAACAGACUUUAUCAUUUGUGAGCCUGCUACUAGAUUUGUUUAGUAUUUUUCCUAUAAUCUUACUUGUGUGUUUCCUGUCAUGUGACCUGUGUGUUUCCUGUCAUGUGACCUGUGUGUUUCCUGCCAUGUGACCUGUAUGCUUCCUGUCAUGUGACCUGAAUGCUUCCUGUCAUGUGACCUGUGUGUUUCCUGUCAUGUGACCUGUGUGUUUCCUGGCAUGUGACCUGUAUGUUUCCUGUCAUGUGACCUGUAUGUUUCCUGUCACAUGACCAGUGUGUUUCCUGUUUACUUCCUGUAGUUUGGAGAGUACUCUGAGGCGGCGGAGGUGACGACAGCAGCGGGUCCUCCAGGCCAGUGUGUGGCGCCACUCAUCACUCUGAACAACACCACCUGUCUAACAGUCAGCUGGGAGGUACUGCCUGUCUAUCUAUCUACUUUACACUCUGUCUACACUUACAUCUAGAACGGACGUUGCACUUUUUUCUGCCUCCAAAUAAAAAAAGGGGAAAAAGGAGGGGCGGGGGGGGAAAGAGGGGGGAAAAGAAGAGAGGGGAGAGAGAGAGAGAGGGGGGAAAAGGGGAGAGAGAAUAAAAAAGGGGUUUUUUGUAUAGAGGACAGAAAGGACACAGAAAAUUAAAUGAUCAAAAAACCUAAUCUCUCCCGUUUUUUCUCCACCCUCUUGAAACCAACUCUGAUAUUGAAACGCUCAGAAGUCCCAGACCCUGAGUGAAGUGUUCAGGGGAAAGCUUUGAUGGUGACUGUUGUACAGGAUAUUGACUAUAGUGCAGUCUAGCCGUCUUAACAGUUUCCCGUCGGUGGCUCUGUGAAUGUAGCCAUCCUUAGAAAAUCACUGAUCUGAUAGUUUUCAUCAACGGUGAAAACAACAGAUCAUUAAUACCUAAAGGGAAAGGGGGGAGGGGGGAGGGGGGGAAAUGAAAGGGAAAAAAGGAAAAGGGAAUCAUUUUGUUUAAAAGGGGGGAAUUUUUUUUUUUUUUCCCCUUUUUUUUUUUUUUAAGAGGGGGGGGGGUUUUUUUUCCAAAGGGUUCUGUUUAGGACCCCAAUUACAAACCCAAAAAUGGCCCCCAUUGUUUUUGUUAGGUGUUUCUUUAGGAGCUCAUCUAUAUGGUUUAUAUCGCAGGAGGAGAGAGGUCGCAUAGGACAAUAACAACAUUGGCAGUGUGUGUGUUUGUAAGGGCAGUUAAUGAUAGGUAUUUAUUUGUGAGUAAGGUAAUAGGCCAUUUAAAAAGCAAACACUACUAGUGGGGAAAAAAGUAUUUAGUCAGCCACCAAUUGUGCAAGUUCUCCCACUUAAAAAGAUGAGAGAGACCUGUAAUUUUCAUCAUAGGUACACGUCAACUAUGACAGACAAAUUGAGAGAAAAAAAUCCAGAAAAUCACAUUGUAGGAUUUUUAAUGAAUUUAUUUGCAAAUUAUGGUGGAAAAUAAGUAUUUGGUCACCUACAAACAAGCAAGAUUUCUGGCUCUCACAGACCUGUAACUUCUUCUUUAAGAGGCUCCUCUGUCCUCCACUCGUUACCUGUAUUAAUGGCACCUGUUUGAACUUGUUAUCAGUAUAAAAGACACCUGUCCACAACCUCAAACAGUCACACUCCAAACUCCACUAUGGCCAAGACCAAAGCGCUGUCAAAGGACACCAGAAACAAAAUUGUAGACCUGCACCAGGCUGGGAAGACUGAAUCUGCAAUAGGUAAGCAGCUUGGUUUGAAGAAAUCAACUGUGGGAGCAAUUAUUAGGAAAUGGAAGACAUACAAGACCACUGAUAAUCUCCCUCGAUCUGGGGCUCCACUCAAGAUCUCACCCCGUGGGUUCAAAAUGAUCACAAGAACGGUGAGCAAAAAUCCCAGAACCACACGGGGGGACCUAGUGAAUGACCUGCAGAGAGCUGGGACCAAAGUAACAAAGCCUACCAUCAGUAACACACUACGCCGCCAGGGACUCAAAUCCUGCAGUGCCAGACAUGUCCCCCUGCUUAAGCCAGUACAUGUCCAGGCCCGUCUGAAGUUUGCUAGAGUGCAUUUGGAUGAUCCAGAAGAGGAUUGGGAGAAUGUCAUAUGGUCAGAUGAAACCAAAAUAUAACUUUUUGGUAAAAACUCAACUCGUCGUGUUUGGAGGACAAAGAAUGCUGAGUUGCAUCCAAAGAACACCAUACCUACUGUGAAGCAUGGGAGUGGAAACAUCAUGCUUUGGGGCUGUUUUUCUGCAAAGGGACCAGGACGACUGAUCCGUGUAAAGGAAAGAAUGAAUGGGGCCAUGUAUCGUGAGAUUUUGAGUGAAAACCUCCUUCCAUCAGCAAGGGCAUUGAAGAUGAAACGUGGCUGGGUCUUUCAGCAUGACAAUGAUCCCAAACACACCGCCCGGGCAACGAAGGAGUGGCUUCGUAAGAAGCAUUUCAAGGUCCUGGAGUGGCCUAGCCAGUCUCCAGAUCUCAACCCCAUAGAAAAUCUUUGGAGGGAGUUGAAAGUCCGUGUUGCCCUGCGACAGCCCCAAAACAUCACUGCUCUAGAGGAGAUCUGCAUGGAGGAAUGGCCCAAAAUACCAGCAACAGUGUGUGAAAACCUUGUGAAGACUUACAGAAAACGUUUGACCUGUGUCAUUGCCAACAAAGGGUAUAUAACAAAUUAUUGAGAAACUUUUGUUAUUGACCAAAUACUUAUUUUCCACCAUAAUUUGCAAAUAAAUUCAUUAAAAAUCCUACAAUGUGAUUUUCUGGAUUUCUUUUCCUCAUUUUGUCUGUCAUAGUUGACGUGUACCUAUGAUGAAAAUUACAGGCCUCUCUCAUCUUUUUAAGUGGGAGAACUUGCACAAUUGGUGGCUGACUAAAUACUUUUUUUCCCCACUGUACAAAAAAAAGAAGCCUCUCUCUGUUUCUCUCACUCUCUCUUUCUUUCUCUCUUUACCUCUCCAGGCGGUGAACCAAGCGGGGGCGGGGCUUUAUAGUGAACAGAUGAGCUUCCAGACUCCAGCGACUAAUCCCGACGCAGUCUCUUCUUUCUUCCUGCUUGACCAGCUCCAAUCAGAUCAGUCCCCCUCCACCUGCCUCUUCUUGAAGUGGGAGGAGCCUAACUGUAAUGGGGCGGAUAUAACGUCUUACAUCAUCAUUCUGGAUGAUCAGCUCAUUACCGUGGAAACAGGAACCAGUCACCUGAUCACUGACCUGCAGCCAGACAGCCAGUACAGGUACACACACACACACACACACACACACACACACACACACACACACACACACACACACACACACACUAUUUCCAGUCCCUGUAGUAUGUUCAUGGUUGUAAUUGAGAUUGAGUCAGAGAUUAUGUUAUUCCAAUUAGCAGCACUUAUAGCAGCAAGCAGUAAUCAUACCGUGUGUUUCUAGGAAUUAAGAAAGGGUGUUGUCUGUGUGAUUGGUUAUUGUUCUCAGUAAGUGUUUGUGAUUAUGUGUGACAAUGAGUAAAGUGUGUGUCUAUGGGUGUAAUCUGAAUAAUAAAUAUAAUAUGCCAUUUAGCAGACGCUUUUAUCCAAAGCGACUUACAGUCAUGUGUGCAUGACUCCAGCGACUAAUCCCAACGCAGUCUCUUCUUUCUUCCUGCUUGACCAGCUCCAAUCAGAUCAGUCCCCCUCCACCUGCCUCUUCCUGAAGUGGGAGGAGCCUCACUUUAAUGGGCUAUUCAUGUUAGCAAGUGUUUGUAGAUCUGUGUAUGCAUGCACGGAUGUGUGUGUGUGUGUGGCUGUUAUUGUCACCAUGUCACAGUUUUUCUUACAUAACUGAGUUAGAACAACACUACUGACUGGGUAAUACUGACCAUUGUUCCUCUUAUGUAUUUGUGUGCAUUUGCAUUUGCAUAUGAAUCCAUCCAUCUGAUUGGUUCCAGUCCAUUUCCCCUGGAUACUGAUUCCAACUCAAAUAAAGACACUCCAUAGGGCGAUCAGGAAACCACUCAUUCUCUUUUCUUUCUAGGAAAAUGUUUGUUUGUUCAUCUUAGAGCCGUCAGACAUUGUUUUAGUGUUUUAGAUUUAACAAGGAUAAAACAAAGAGGACCAGAGGAAGAAUAUAUUUCAUUAUCUGAUCCUCAAAACUACUCUCAUCUUCACCAUCUAACUCUCUCUCUCUCUCUCUUUCUCUCCCCUGUCCUCUUUCUCUCUCUCUCUCUUUCUCUCCCCUGUCCUCCUCUCUCUCUCUCUCUCUCUCUCUCUCUCUCUCUCUCUCUCUCUCUCCUCUCUCCUCUCUCUCUCUCUCUCUCUCCCUCUUUCUCUCCCCUGUCCUCUUCUCUCUCUCUCUCCUGUCCUCUUCUCCCUCUCUCUCCCCUGUCCUCUCUCUCUCUCUUUCUCUCCCCUGUCCUCUUCUCUCUCGUCAUGUUCCACACUUUCUGUCUUGUCUAGUGGAGUUUCUACAACCUGUGUGUGUCUCUGUGUGUAUCUGUGUGUCUCUGUUUGUGUGUGUGUGUGUGUGUGUAAUCAGGGAAAGGUUACUGUGUGUAAAUGUCAGACAGUAGAAUAAUGAAGGUAAUGAGAGAGGGAGAGAGCGAGGGGGAGAGAGAAGGAGAGAGAUUAUCCAGACAGAGAUAGAGGGAGAGGGAGAGAACGAGGGAGAGAGAGAAGGGGAGCGAGAUCUUCCAGAGAGAGAGAGAGAGAGAGAGAGAGAGAGGAAGGUUCCUGGAAAGAAGACAGGACAGUGGAGAGACUCUAGUAAACAACAGAAAAUAGAUGGAACAACAACAGAGUAAGUCCCAUCCUCAUCUUACCAGACAUAUUAUAUUCUUGACACUCAUGUCAUUCAGGACUGGCCAUUACUAUCCAUAGAGGGCCAUAGAGGUUAAGGAGCUGUAAGAACAGGUCUAAGAACAGAUCUAAUACAACAUUAUAACCAAGUUAUUACAUAGGGAUGUUGUUGAAUGGCGUGACUAGGGUUGCAAAAUUCCAGGAACUUUCAAUAAAUUCCCUGUUUUUCCAGAAAUCCUGUUGGAGCAUUCUGGAUUUCUUGCUUAUUCACUCCUGAUUCCAGGAAUCCUCCAACCGGGAUUUCAGGAAAACAAGGGAAUUUAUUGAAAGUUCCCGGAAUUUUGCAAGGUGUGACUUGUUUUGGGGAACAGAAAAUAUCAGUCAGCAGAGACUGGGUUAGAUGGAUGUCGGCUAGGUGAGGUUAGGGGUCAGUCAUGACUCAAUGGACAGAGGAAAACACCCAUCAUCAUAAAACCUCUAAUGCUGCCUCUCUACUGCUAUUAACCAAGCAUAAGUACUCAGACACAAAGACCAUACAUUUUGUUUUGUAGAUAUGUAGUGGUGUAAUAAUGCUAUAUGGUGUAGUGUUUUAACUUUUGUUUUAUGUGUGAUGUGAGUGCCUUAAUGUGUUUGGACCCCAGGAAGAGUAGCUGCUGCCUUGGCAGGAACUAAUGGGGAUCCCAAAUAAAUACAAAUACACACACACACACACACACACACACACACACACACACACACACACACACACACAAACUGGUUGUGGACAAACUAACUUUCACACUCACUCUAUUUGUCCUAACGCCUCUCUCUCUCUUUUUCUCUCUCAGUGUGCAGAUCCAAGCGGUGAAUGUGAUUGGCUGUGGCCCAUUGAGCCCACCCCUGGUGGCUAGGACAAGCCCCCUCCCUCCGGCUCCUCCUCCUUUGGAAUGUUCGGCUGCCGGCCCCCAGAGCCUAAAACUGAAGUGGGGGGAGAACGGUGCAAACACACACACCCGUGCUCUGCUCUCCAAUGACAUGUUCUACACACUACAGAUGGAGGACAAGAACCACAGGUAGAGUAUAUAGGACACACACACACACACACACACAGCUACUACACUUCAAUGGUUCCAAUGGUUCAAGGUUAUGUACGUUCUGGAUAAAAGCAUCUGCUGAAUGACCAUAUUGCAUAUCACAGUUCUACUGAAGGAAAAUACAUAAAACACAUGUUGUGUGAGUGAGUGAGUGAGUGAGUGGUACAUGCACCCGUGUGUGUGUGUGGGGUGGGGGGGGGGGGGGGGGCGUUAGGUAGAGGAUAGGUAGGUAGAGGAAACGACAGUAACCAGUAGUUCUAGGGAGAGCUCACGAUGAGAACAUCUAGACUACAGCACUAAUUAGAACCAUGAACUGAUCAACCAUGCUAUCCAUUAGAGACGAGACUGAAGGAGGGAGAGAAAGAAAUAAGAGUGAGGGAAGUAGAGAGGUAGGGAGAGAGAGAGGGAGGGGAGGGAGGGAGGGAGGGGGGAGUGGGGAGCGAGGGAGGGGGAGGGAGAACGGAGGAGGGAGGGAGGGGGAGUGGGGAGGGAGGGGGAGGGAGAGAGGGAGGGAGGAGGGGGGGAGAUGGGGGUCGAGGAAAAAUUGAGGGGGGGAGAGAGAGAGGGGGGGCGAGGAAAAGUAGAGGGUGGAGAGGAGAGGAGGGGGGAGGGGUCGGGUGUAAGAGGGAGAGAGAGGAGAGGGUGGAGCCUAGAGAGUGGAGAGGAGGAGCGAUCGUGGGGGGGGUGAAGGAGGGUACAGGGAGGUGGCGGCGGGGGGCUGCAGUAAGGCGUUACGGGGAGGCGAAGGGAUGGGUGGAGGGGGGAAAAUUUUAGAGGGACGUCAGAGGGGGGUCGGAUAGGGAGGGAGGGUGCGGGGAAAGUAGGGUAGUGAGGAGGUGGUGAUUGCGGGGGAGGUAAUAAAGGAUAAGUGAGAGAAUUAGAGAGACUGUCCGUCUGCCUAGCAGUGUCAUGGGUGAUUGGUAUGGUUGGCACCCCUAGCCACAGCCACAUUACGACAUGGAUGACUAGUUGGCACGCUGGCAUCUUGGCACCCCUAGCCACAGCCAGAGGGUAGUGUCUAACAGAUGGGGCGGUAAUUAACCGACUGUCCAGUGUGACCCCCGCAAUGCCAACAUACACACCCUUCAGUAUGUAUCCCUCCCUCUCUCCCCUCUCUCCUCCUUCAUACCCAUACGUUCACCCCGCACUCAUUUAAUUACAUAUUGUAUGUCUAUUGGGCCCUGAAGUAUUGCUGACCAUGUGACCUGCCCAGGAACAACUCAGGGUUCUAGUUACAAGCUGACCUUGUAUUGUGGUCAGGAACAACUGAGGGUUCUAGUUACAAGCUGACCUUGUCUUGUGGUCAGGAACAACUCAGGGUUCUAGUUACAAGCUGACCUUGUCUUGUGGUCAGGAACAACUCAGGGUUCUAGUUACAAGCUGACCUUGUCUUGUGGUCAGGAAAAACUCAGGGUUCUAGUUACAAGCUGACCUUGUCUUGUGGUCAGGAACAACUCAGGGUUCUAGUUACAAGCUGACCUUGCCUUGUGGUCAGGAAAAACUCCUGUCCCUAUUGAUAUAUGCACCAUAUAGCCUACACCUAUAGACCCAUUUCCCGGAUGCGUCAUGCAAAGUUGCUUGCGCAGUUCCGAAUCCGUUUGUUUAGUUUACAUGGAAGUAAAUACGAUCACGUCCGACUUCAGAUGCAGCUCAUGCAAGUUAGCAAACACGUAAUCAGAUGGUUAUCGUCUACAACAUCGCAGAUAUCAUCGGAGGAUUGAUUACCUAGCAAGCCAGCGUGUCAAGGUAAAAUAUCCCAAAGAGAGCUAGAUAAAGCCAGAAGAAUAAUAUACUUGUUGAACAUAGCUAUAGCCAUCAGACUGGUGUGUUUUCAUGGUCAUCACUCACUCUGCUAAGGUCCCGACAUCCGUGUAUAGCUAUCUGCUACAGGGAUUUUUGUUGCUAGCAUGCGCACAUCAUUCGAACGUGACGUUUGCUUGUAAACAAAAACAAUGUAAAGGGUCAGUAUGAUUCCUGACACAUCUCAGACUAUGAUUUAUAUUGACUUAUUACUUCUGUUAAGAACAUUUCAUUAUGAGGUGUUUAGCUGCAUUUAGCAGUUUAUCUCACUCCCCCCCCCCCCCCCCCCCUCUCUAUCUCUCUUUUUCUCUCUCUCUGCAUGUGUCUCUGCAUGGUAGAAAUGGCAUCAUCAGAGCUAAAUGGAUUUAACUGGCGGUAUUGGAGACCCCCUCUCCUCUACCCUCCUCACAUUUUCCCAGUUCCUCUUCUCCCCUGCCGCUCCUGAACAGACAGUAUUAGGGCUGAAUUACCUGGAAUCUCUGUAAUUGACAGAUUGCUAUGGUAACCAGAUACAGACACUAUUAGAAAGAGGGAGCGAGGCAGAGGGCGAGAGAGGAGGACAGUAUUAUUGGCAGUAAACAAAGACAUAUCAAAUGACCAAACAGCAAAUAUUGUUUUCAUUUCUACAACAACCUUCUCAAAGUCAUGUGGUGUCCCGACACCUGUCUGUCCCCUCCUCUCUCUCUGUAAGAUGCAGUGAAAGAACUACCCCCCCCCCCUCUCUUCUUAUCUUCAUGUUUUCCGACCGGGCUUCCCUUUUUUUUUUUCUUUUUUAUUUUGGGCCAAUUUUUAAAACUCGGCGGUUUGUGUUUGUUUUGCCAAACCCCCCUUUCCCCCUACAUUUCCCCACGACCCACAGAAAACAAAGACCCCACAGGGCAAAAAAGAGAGAAAAGAAAAGAGGUUUUUUGGGGGCCUUUUGACCAAUCAUAGCUUGGGUUUUGUUAGGCUUUUUGGGGGUGGGGGGUUUUUUUUUGUUGUGUACCUGCUUUAAUUUGGGGAAUUUUUUUUCCAAAAGGGGGGGUUUUGGGUUUUUUGUUUUUACCGGGUAUGUAAAGUUCCCCAAUUUUGGUUUUUGUUUUUUGUUUUUCCUGGGUUGGUUAAUUUUUUUCCCAAGAGGUUUUUUUGGGUCCCGCCCCCAUUGGGGGAAAUUGGUUCCCCCAUUUUUUUAGUUUUUUGUGGUUUGUUUUUGGGGACCUGCUAUGGGGUUUUUCCCAGGGGGGGGUGGGUUUUUUUGGUUUUUUUAAAAUUGGCCUUUUUUUGUUUUUUUAAAGGGUUCAAAAAGAGUGGGUUUUGUUUGUUUUUUAAAACCCCCCGCCCCCAUUUUUUUUUUUUUGGUUUCCAGGAGGGUUUGGUUUUUUUUUGUUUUUGGGGUACCCGCUAAUUUUGUUAAAUUUUUUUUUUCCCUUUUAGGGGGUUUUGUUGUUUUUACCUGCUAUGUAAUUUGGGGUUUCCGAGUUGGGGGUUUUUGGGGUUGGGAACUUUUCUAUGGAAUUUUUUCCCUUUUAGGGGUGUGUGUUUUUACCCGCCUAUUUUAAUGUUCCCUGAGUUGGGGGGGUUGUGACCUGCUAUGUAAUGUUCCCAGAGUGUGUGUUGUGUACCGGGUUUUUGAAAUGGUUUCCAUGAAGUGUGUUUUUUUGUUGGGUUUUUUUUCCUGCAAAGUUUAAAGUUCCCGAGGUUUUUUGGGUUUGUUUUUACCUUUUUAGGGAAGUUCCCCGGGGGGUGUGUUGUGUACCCCUGUAAUUUGGUUUGUUUUUUGUUUUUAAAAUUGGGUUUCCCUGGUGUGUGUUGGGUAUUCGUAUUAAAAGUUUCCCGAGUUUUUGUUGUUUUUUUUUGUUACCCGCUAAUUUUUAAUGUUUCCCAAGGGGGUUUUUGUUGUUUGUACCCGUAAAUUUAAAGUUCCCGAAGGUUUUGUUGUGUACCUUUUUAUGUUAAAUUGGGCCCAGAAAGGGUUUUUGGGGUUUGUUUUUAAUUUUUUUUUGGGAAGUGAUGUGUUAAUUGGUUUUGGGGCCAAAAAAUGCCUUGGCCCCCAAAAAACCCCUUUUUCAUUAACUCAUCAUUUACCACAAAACACCAAACACAAAAACAAAACACACACACACGGGUUGCCAGAAAUGAUUUAUUUUGGGAAAUGGCCCUUUGGGGGGGGUAACAACCCGGGAAAGUUAGUUGGGCAGAGAUAGAUUUUUUCCGGGGUUAAAUGGCCCCACUUAUAUGCCCAAAUUAAAAAAGAACAAAAACAGGUUUUUUUAAAACCUAAAAAGGGUUUUGUUUUUGGUCGGUUUUUGGUUUUUUGUUGUGUGUGGGUUUAUGCUUCCUCCCCCACUAAAAGGAUUCAGGGGAAAAAAGGGGAUGGCUUUGGAAAAAUAAGACACCCUUGAAUCCCCAGACUAGCGGAAGCCGUUCCCCGGGGAGAAAAGCGGGGAGGAAGGAGAGGAGGGAGAGAGAAACCGAGGAGGAGGGAGAGAGAGGAGGCGAGGAGAGAGGAGAGGGGAGGAAAGGGGGAAAAGAGGAGAAGCCGAGAAAGAGCCCAGAGGGAGAGGGGAAAAAAGGAAGAGAGCGGGGGGAAAAAGGAAGAGAGGGACGGGAGGGAAAAGGAAGGGGGAAGGGAAGGGGAGAGAGAGGGGAAAAGGGGAGGAAAAGGGGGGAGAGGAGAGAGGGGGAAAGGGGAAGGGGGAAAAAGGGGAGAAGGCGAGGGGAGGAGGGGAGAGAGAGAGGGAGAGAGAGAGGGAGGGGGGAUUGGCAACGGGGGGGGAGAGGGGCCCGGGGGCCCCCGGCCCCGGGCGGAAACCCCCACCCCCGGGGGGGGAGAGGGAGAGCUAGGGGAGCCGGGGGGGGUGGGCCCCGGGGGAGCCAUUUUUUUUUCCCCCCCCCAAAAAAGGGGAAAAAGGGGGGGUUUUGUGGGUUUGGGGAGAUUACAGAGGUCCCAAAUUUACAAAAAGGUUUUCAGGCCCCAACGGAGUGAAUAGUUAACCCGGUUUUGGUCCAAAGGGAUUUUGGGGGCGCGGGGAAAGGGGCCCUUUUCAGACAAACAUUUCCCUUUAUACCCCCCAAGACUGACCCCCCGCACCCAAAAGGGAAGGGGGGUUUCGUCUGGGCGGUGGUUUGUUUCCCCUAACAGGAGGUGCUUUAGGUUUUCCACCAGGCCCCCUUUUUGGGUUUCCGGUUUGGGUUUUUGAAAUUUUUUGGGACAAAGGGCCCGUUUCCUACAGCUUCCCCAAAUGCCCCGCGGAAAGGGGGAAAUUUUUGUGAGGCAGUGGGGAGACCAUUCCACCAAAAAAUUUGGGAAAGGGCGAACAAGCCUUUUUUCCACCUUAAAAAUUUUUUUUAUUUUUUUUUUCCCCGGGGGCUGGGGGUUUUGGGCGGGGGGAGUCAGAACAAAACAGGGAACACACACCCACACCAAAAAUUAUGGGGGAUAGCUGUUUUAUUUUACUAAAAUCACUCUUUUUUUUAUGAAAAAGGAAGGGGGAAGUUUGGACUUUUUUUAAAAGGGAAACUGUUGAGGGGGGGAGGAAAAAAAGAGGGGAAAAAUAAAAAAAAAAAAAAUUUUUACGCCCUUCAAAGGUUUUUGGACAGAUGUAACGGCUCUCGCUCCCGACAACUAUUCUCUUUUUUCGUCUUUUGUCGUCUUUGUUUAUCGGUGGGGGCUCCUUGGUUUUUUUUCCCCCCCAAAAAAUUUUGGUUAAAACCCCCAUCGGCCGGGUCUUUCUCUAAUUCCUUUACUAUGGGUCUCUCUCUCUCUCUCUCUCUCUCUUCUCUCUCUCUCUCUCUCUCUCUCGCACGCACGCAUGCACACACAGCUGAUUCAUCAGGGCGGCAGGUAGCCUAGCGGUUAAGAGCUGGUUUCUCCGAGCCGGCAAGGUGAAAAUAUCUGCUGUUCUACCCUCGAGCAAGGCAGUUAAACCCCCAACAACAACUCAAAUCAAAUCAAAUUUUAUUGGUCACAUACACAUAUUUAGCAGAUGUUAUUGUGGGUGUAGCGAAAUGCUUGUGUUCUUAGCUCCAACAGUGCAGUAGUAUCUAACAAUUCACAAUAAUACACAAAUCUAAAUGUAAAAGAAUGGAAUUAAGAAAUAUAUAAAUAUAAAUAUUAGGACGAGCAAUGUCAGAGUGGCAUUGACUACAUACAGUAGAAUAGAAUGCAGUAUAUACAUAUGAGAUGAGGAAAGCAGUAUGUAAACAUUAUUAAAGUGACUAGUGUUCUAUUAUUUAAAGUGGCCAGUGAUUCCAUGUCUAUGUAUAUAGGGCAGCAGCCUCUAAGGUGCAGUGUUGAGUAACCGGGUGGUAAACGGCUAGUGAUGGCUAUUUAACAGUCUGAUGGCCUUGAGAUAGAAGCAGUUUUUCAGUCUCUCGGUCCCAGCUUUGAUGCACCUGUACUGACCUCGCCUUCUGGAUGAUAGCGGGGUGAACAGGCCGUGGAUCGGGUAGUUGAUGUCCUUGAUGAUCUUUUUGGCCUUCCUGUGACACUGGGUGCUGUAGGUGUCCUGGAGGGCAGGUAGUGUGCCCCCAGUGAUGCGUUGGGCAGACCGUACCACCCUCUGGAGAGCCCUGCAGUUGCGGGUGGUGCAGUUGCCGUACCAGGCGGUGAUACUGCCCAACAGGAUGCUCUCAAUUGUGCAUCUGUAAAAGGUUCUGAGGGUUUUAGGGGCCAAGCUGAAUUUCUUCAGCCUCCUGAGGUAGAAGAGGCGCUGUUGCACCUUCUUCACCACACUGUCUGUGUGGGUGGACCAUUUCAGAUUGUCAGUGAUGUGUACGCUGAGGAACUUGAAGCUUUCCAUCUUCUCCACCGCGGUCCCGUCGAUGUGGAUAGAGGGGUGCUCCCUCUGCUGUUUCCUGAAGUCCACAAUCGGCUUUGUUUUGUUGACGUUGAGUGAGAGGUUAUUUUCCUGGCCCCACACUCCCAGGGCCCUCACCUCCUCCCUGUAGGCUGUCUCGUCAUUGUUGGUACUCAGGCCUACUACUGUUGUGUCGUCUGCAAACUUGAUGAUUGAGUUGGAGGCGUGCGUGGCCACGCAGUCAUGGGUGAACAAGGAGUACAGGAGGGGGCUGAGCACGCACCCUUGUGGGGCCCCUGUGUUGAGGAUCAGCGAAGUGGAGGUGUUGUUUCCUACCUUCACCACCUGGGGGACGGCCUGUCAGGAAGUCCAGGACCCAGUUGCACAGGGCGGGGUUCAGACCCAGGGCCCCGAGCUUAAUGAUGAGCUUGGAGGGUACUAUGGUGUUGAAGGCUGAGCUAUAGUCAAUGAACAGCAUUCUUAAAUAGGUAUCCCUCUUGUCCAGAUGGGAUAGGGCAGUGUGCAGUGCAAUGGCGAUUGCAUCGUCUGUGGAUCUUGAAAUUGAAGUGUGUCUAGGGUGUCAGGUAAGGUAGAGGUGAUAUGAUCCUUGACUAGCCUUUCAAAGCAUUUCAUGAUGACAGACGUGAGUGCUACGGGGCGAUAGUCAUUUAGUUCAGUUACCUUUGCUUUCUUGGGUACAGGGACAAUGGUGGACAUCUUGAAGCAAGUGUGGACAGCAGAAUGGGAUAGGAAGAGAUUGAAUAUGUCCGUAAACACUCUCUGGGCGCCGAUGACCUGGACGUUGAUUAAGGCAGCCCCCCGAACCUCUCUGAUUCAAUGGGGUUGGGUUAAAUGUGGAAGAAACAUUUGGGUUGAAUGCUUUCAGUUGUGCAACUGUCUAGGUAUCCUCUGUCCCUUCUAUUCCAUUUCCCCGUUCAUGUACUGUGGUGGCAGCAGAGUUGGGUGAAGGUAGUGUUAAUGACAAUUAGAGCCCCGAGACCACUGACAUUUAACAGUGUCUGCUGCCAAUGGAACUUUAUGGAAACUCAAUAUGGUUGUCAAUAUGCACACACACAAUCACAAUUGCCCUUUUGGCAGUCGAACAGAUCUUCUGGUGAAUGAGUACUGAAAUGCACGUUAAAAAACACACACGCAGACACACACAUAUCUGAUGUGUUAGUGAAGAGUGUUGUGGUACUUAUCUCCAGUGAGGUUUUGUUCUUAUUGAUUUAGUGAGCAGCUGGAGGCAGGAGACUUGUGUGUGUGUGUGGGUGUCCUAAGUGGUUCUUGAGGUAGUUAAAUCCCUUCUGUACAGGGACAGCGUUGAUAAUCUUAACUAGAAAACAGCCUCUAUAGCCACUUUGAUGCACUGAUUGGAUUUCACUAAUGUAGAAUAGCAACAGGGGGAGAGACUAUAAUAACACACACUGAGCAGCAACCUGUUUGGUCUGAAUCAAUUUGUUGAGGUCACAAAGUAGUUUCUAAAUCAACGUUCUCUCUCUCUCUCUCUCUCUCUCUCUCUCUCUUUCUCUCUCUCUCCAGGUGUUUAAGGGAGAAGAGAGUGCCUUCCAAAUCACCGGACUCCAAGGUAACACCGAUUACCGUUUCCGUGUGUGUGCCUGCCGCCGUUGCCAGGAUACCAACCAGGAACUCUGUGGCCCUCUAAGCCCCUCCUCCCUGUUCACCCUGCGUCGCCAGGAGCAACAGUGCCUGGGGGAGACAGGCGCCGUGGAGACGGUGAAAGGGGCGGGGAUAAUAUCCAGCGAUGAGCGCUUUGCGGCGGUCGUGGUGUGUGUGUUCGCCGGUGUCUCCAUCCUCAUGGCCUGUCUGCUACAACACUUCUUCAUGAAGUGA